ACCACCUAUUCGCCCGGUCUCCCAGGCAGAAAGGUCUUUUGGCAAGACUGGCUUGACAAAGAUGGCCCUGGAAUGUCUCGAGUCCGGGCCGUGAUGAUCAGUGAGUGAGUGGCACCGGGCUGAGCCUGGGCAAACUGCCCAAGAGGAAUGCUAGCACUUAGGAAGGUGAGGAGGAAACUCAGGAUGGGGACCAUCUGCUCCCCCAACCCCAGCGGGACAAAGACAUCAUCGGAGGUCUGCAAUGCCGACUGGAUGGCCUCGCUCCCCCCUCACCUCCACAACGUCCCCCUUUCCAAUCUGGCAAUCCCAGGCUCCCAUGAUUCGUUCAGCUACUGGGUAGAUGAGAAGUCCCCAGUGGGGCCCGACCAAACUGCAGCCAUCAAACGCCUGGCCAGGAUCUCCUUGGUGAAGAAGCUCAUGAAAAAAUGGUCUGUGACGCAGAACCUGACGUUCCGGGAGCAACUGGAAGCUGGCAUCCGCUACUUCGACCUGCGUGUGUCUUCCAAACCCGGGGAUGCCGACCAGGAGAUCUACUUCAUUCACGGACUUUUUGGCAUCAAGGUCUGGGACGGGCUGAUGGAGAUUGACUCAUUUCUCACCCAACACCCCCAAGAGAUUGUCUUCCUAGAUUUCAACCACUUCUACGCCAUGGAUGAGGCCCACCACAAACGCCUGGUUCUCCGGAUCCAGGAGGCCUUUGGAAACAAGCUGUGCUCCGCCUGCCGUGUGGAGAGCAUGACGCUGCGAGCCCUGUGGGAGAAGAAGUGCCAGGUUCUUAUUUUCUAUCACUGUCCCUUCUACAAGCAAUACCCCUUCCUGUGGCCUGGAAAGAAGAUCCCAGCGCCCUGGGCAAACACCACAAGUGUGAGCAAACUCAUCCUCUUCUUGGAGACCACUCUGAGUGAGCGGGCCCCGCGCGGCUCCUUCCAUGUCUCUCAAGCGAUUCUCACCCCCAGAGUGAAAACCAUUGCCCGAGGCCUGGUUGGUGGCCUCAAGAAUACUCUGGUUCAUAGGAAUCUUCCUGCCAUCCUGGACUGGGUGAAGACUCAGAAGCCCGGAGCCAUGGGUGUCAACAUCAUCACAUCUGACUUCGUGGACCUGGUGGACUUCGCCACGACUGUCAUUGAAUUGAAUGACCUCCUCCAGGAGGACAGAGCUUUGGCUAAAUGCUGAUUUGGUUUUUAUUUCAAUGUUGACUUUGUUGAUCCAGGCCAGAGUUCUGAAGGGUUUCCUGUUAGGACAGCCCCUGGGCAGUGAUGGGGAAGGAGGAGGAGGGCAGUUUCCCCUCUUCAUAGGGCCAUUUGGAUAAAAUUACAGAGCUUUUAAUUGCAUUUUUCCCAAAUGAGACUUCUAAAAAAACCUGAAGUCCAAGGGAAGAAGCAUGUUUCAUGUGAUCAAAGUUAGGGUCUCCCCAGUGGCUCAUGAUGUGGAAUGUAACGUGGAAAGGGGGUCUCCAGCUUCCUUCGAGUGUCUCCGAAUUGGCCCAGUUUCUGGCUGUCUGCCAGGAUGUUGUAUGCGAGCCAGUGAGAAGACUGAACCAGAAACGCAUUCUUAGGCAAAAGAAUGGCUCGUGGCAGGUGUGGAAGGCCCCGUGGGUGGCUCUAACAUCAACCUGGGGCUUUGAGGGAGAAAAGGGCCAGGCACCACUUCUCUCUGGCAUGUCGAAUGUCACCACUUCUUCCCUGAAAGAGUAAGACUUCUUGAUCACCAGACCAUUCCAGCCACAAGCUGUUCUUGCAUAGCUGCUGCUUGGGAACUGGGCACCUGCGUUCUUUGGAUAAACCGUGCAUAUUGCCUGUGGUAUCAGAAAUGUGUUUCCCAGUUGUAAAACAUUGAUUCCUUUCCAUUUCUAUUGGCCCCUUCUUAAAACUGAAAGGAACAAUGGUGGGGGAUCUUUUCAGUGUGGGGCCCAACAGGAAAUAGAUAUGCAUGUUUGCUGCAUGCCGCGCAUGCCGCAUUUCUUUGGUUUUAAUCCUGUAAGCUUUUCCCAAAAUGGCUGCCAGGUAACCUCCUGCAUCAUUUUGGCAAAGUCCUCUUUGGAAUGGGAUCUUCAAGCCAGAUCUUGGAAUUGCAUUUCAUUGCUGCCUGCUGAGGACCCGGGUCUGUGCUGUGUCGCGUAAGGUAUAACGCUACCGGAAGGCACCUUAUCGUGGCACUGGGGAGGCAGCCGCGGGAUGCAUGGGCAAGUGCAAUGGAUUUAAGGAGGAAGCUCCGAGUGGGUUUGGAGCUGUUCUGUAACUUCUUGAAAACCAGACUACCUCGGGAACAUUCAGGAUGACUUGCGUGUCAUCAUCAAGUGAAUGAGACCCAGUGCUGGAACGUUUCCAGUUUGCAUCUCGAUUGUUCUACUUUCUGCAGGUUGUUUUGGGCCUGCUAAUCACCCCUGCAGGAGGGCUGUGAAACUCAAGAGGGGAUUUUGGGUUUUGUUUUGUUUUUUUAAUUGGUAAGAGGUACUUAUCUAGAAAGAGCCCUCUUGUGUUUUUAUUUAUUUAUUUAUCCAUUUAUUUAUUUAUAGAUUAAGUAUCUUCAGUGCGUCUUACCUCAAGAGCACUCACAAAGGCGCUUCCUGAACUUUUCUCACCCAGGCCCAAAGCCGCCCUGAUCUUCAACAGGCCGGUGCGUUUCAGGACUGUGAAUGACCUCUGACUGGGCCGGGAAUGUUCCCAGCUCCCCCAGGCCUGUCGGGACAGUGCAUUGCGUGGGUGUGGUCCAGAGCUGAGAAGCCCCUGGCAGGCCACGCAGAGGGCAAGAGGAUGCAAUGGGUCACGAAGAACUCUCAGUUCUUGAGGGAGAAUCUCUAGUAGAAGGUCAGAAAGGAAGGAUCUGGAAAGAAAACGGGGCAUGUGAGUGUGUACGCGCCGAUGCCCCUCAGAACUGUCUGAGGAUCCCUAAGGAAAUGUCAGCCUCUGGAUUCUUAAGGCAGAUAAACAUGGACUCCUGGACAGGGUGUGUGUGUGUGUGUGUGUGUGUGUGUGUGUGUGUGUGUGUGUGUGUGUGUGUGUGUGUGUGUGUGUGUGUGUGUGUGUGUGUGUGUGUGUGUGUGUGUGUGUGUGUGUGUGUGUGUGUGUGUGUGUGUGUGUGUGUGUGUGUGUGUGUGUGUGUGUGUGUGUGUCAUUAGGCCACCUCCCAGCGGCUCGCCAUUCCUCCCUGCUGUGCAGCGGUGGGCACCUGGGGUGAGCUGCCAAAAGCACACGCGCACGCCCAGCUCGCGCUCUUCCAGCCUCUCUGUAAAGUCGGUUCAUCCCUGACCUUUAGCUCCCACGGCUGGAGGGGGAUCACAAGACAAAUGCCUCUGGGAAAAUCUGGCUUAACUUUUCCUGUUCUUGCAUUUGAAACCCCCCUCCAAGAGGUUUCUGGGAUUGUGCUGUCCAUUUUUUAGGGCCUUCUCUGGAAAAGAGUAAGAAAGGAAGUGCCCUCGCUUUCUCAGUUGUUCCUCAAUUCUGCUAUUAAACCCCAGUGACAAGCUCUGAAAUCCCUGGCCUACCCUCAGGGUUGUGUGUCAUUAUUGUUUCAUUUUGGUCUUAUUUUUAACUCUUGGUCCAUUGCUAGGGACUAGAUCGGCUCCCCUCUUUUAACCCUUUGUUACUUGGCAAAGAGAUCAGGAGGCAAGAGGAGAAUUAUUCCUGCUCUCUUUUAUUUGAGCCUCAUCUUUGUCCAGGUGCUCGGUGCUAUGAGGCCCGGUGCAUUGGCAGGUAUCUACACAGGACGCCAGUGACACCCAAGGGCUGCUGACUGUUCCGUGAAAUGUUUACUUGACUUUUUCCUUUAGUUUUAAAAGAUAUCAUUGCACUUCACUUGGGUUGUAACAUUUAAGUGCAUCUCAGUGUUCGCCUGGUAAGAGAAAAGUCAUCAAGCAUGACCCAGAAGCACAGAAAACGGUCCCAAGGUCAUGGGCACGGAGCCUUGCUCUAUGUGGCAAGUGCAGGUGCUCACUCCUUCUUACUGCUCUGGGUUGCCAGCCUGGCUUGCCUUCUGAAAUUCUGCACAGGCGUUCUGGGAGAUGGGAGGAAGAUUAUUUGCAGUUCGCCCUUGAUAAACACCCUUGAAUUGGCAGAAUCUCUGCUCCAAGAAAAAGUUGUUCAGCAUAUCGCAAAGGACGGAUGCAUUCUGCUCUUGGACCUAAGGCCAAGCAGGAGACUCUGUGAUGGGACAGAGGGAGAAUAAACUUUAGGUCUAUGACUCAUUCUCCAACUGCCAACAAUAAAAAUGGUUGACCCAACCGCAUCAUUUAUUCUCACAGGAUCAAACAAGGCUAUCGUGCUUACUCAGAAUUCACUUCAAGAUCAACUAAAAAGCUACUUGACUGAGCCAAAGAGGCCUUUAGUUUCAUAGGAUUUGGGCCAUAGUUCUUCUGAAAUGUAGGCUGAGUUUUUCAUGAAUUCUCUGGACCAUUCACCACAUUUCCAUGGCUUUGUGGCAAAGGGGACAAUCACAGGUUUCAGUUAGAUUAGAGCACUGUUUAAAGGCUUGAACUUGGAGCCUAUUAGAGGUACCACUGUGGUUUCAUGGGCCCACAAGAUACUCUUAGGGUUGGAGAGAGAAGUCAAGAUGGAACUGAUGGAAGGGAUGAUAAAUGAUGGUGGAUUAAAUUUUAAAUUAAUGGCAGACCAGAGAGGAUCAUGCCAAAAACUAUUACGUAUAUGCUGUAUGAGACCGCUAAUAAUUAAGUUUAGUCAUUUCCUCAGCACUGAGUCCAGACCCCUGAAUUCUUGAGAAGAGUUAAGCCACAGUCUGAACCCAGGAUUUUUAUAUAAACUCAAAGAAAACACAAGAUCUGAGCCCAGGUCAUGAUCAAUCUUAAGAGUCCUAGUUCUUCUUUCAUGCCCUCACGUUCACAUCACAAAGUGGAUGUUUCUGGUCAAGAAGAUGAUAUGGUGGAGCAUUCUGGAAUGAAAUGCAGUUUCGUGGUGGGUCAGGAUUUUGUUUCUGAAUCCUGCCAUAAGAAAGUGUCCUCCAAAGAGACAUGAUUACAACCUGGCAAGAAAGCUUAGUGCUAAGCUAAUGGUGGAGAAGCAGAAGUUGUUACAACUGAAAUGAAAUGGUUUCUUUUCAUGGAAGCACUAGGGCUACACAAAAUCAGGCCAUCUUACCGAAUGAGUUCGUGCCCCGGGUGCAAUUUUUGUAAUGUUCUCUGUUGGCCGACUGCAGUUUUUUACUGGGAGGUUCUGGGAAAUGGAACAGGCUAACGAGUGGGGCACAACCAUGAGACUUCUCUCUCGUGGCUUUGCAGCUAAGUGACCCUGUGCUACAUCUGCCUUGGUUUCUUAAUCUGGAAUAAAGAUGUUGUCUGCUACUUUAGUGAUGUUCUGCACACCUUGGUGGACUAGCUUCCCAAAAUAUCAGGCUCCUGAUGAUUAAAGUAAAUGCCUCAUACUCAGGGGGGGUACCCAGUUCCGGUAAUUCUUCCUUGUGUGGCAUGUGUGAAGAAAUGCCAUUUGGGUUCAUUGCUCAAAAGUGUGGUGUGGGAUGAGGGAACUGGCGCCUUUAGUAAUCCACAGAACGAGAUGCGUGUAGCUGCAUGAAAUCAGCCGAUGCCCACUUGAGUUCCUGGGAGGUGGGCUUUCCCAAGUGCAUGCUAAACAGUCAUGUUACGCCACAAGGGAAUGAAUAGAAACUGAUAACAUCAAAUGUCCUGACAGGAAGUUUGUUCUGUAUGGCACAGAACGUGGUUGUCCCUCAAAAUUCUACCACCUUUCCAGUCUUCCUUGGCCCUCUGCCUCAGAUGGCUUCCUAGUAUUUGCCAUCAUCACUUUGUCACUCACAAAUGUUACCUUGGAUACACAGGAGUGAACUGGUUGGGGGAUAAGUGAUUUAGCUGGAAAUGGACCCUAAUUCCAAGUGAUCAUGAACAGCUCUUUACUACCUACUACCCCAGGAGACGUAUGACCGCCUUAUCUUCUGGCUUCCCUGGCUUCCUACUAGAAAUACUGACAAUGGCCAUUGAUGUUGUUGAAAUAGCAGUCUUAAAACACUAUAAAAAUAUUCUAAGAGAACUCUUUCGAUCCUGCAGUGGAUAUAGUGUUCUAGUCUUUUCUCCAAUGAAACUUAUUCUUAGGGUUUUUUCAUACUCCUUUCUAAGCUACAUAGUUUGGAUACAAUAUUUUUCUUCUCUUCACUGGGAACUCAAUUCCACAGUCUAUUGAGAUAACCUCAUCAGUAGUCAAGAGGCAUUUUCCAUCUCAUUCCUUCUGAUCUCCACAGAAGACCACUUUCUUCUCUUGUCUCCUGGCCAUCCUUUAUCAUCUGCCGAUUACUAUAAAUAACAAUGCUGGCAAAACUUACACAAAAAGGCACAACGUUUUCAAUGAUGCCCAAAUGCACUCUUACCACCAAGGUUAUUGCUCUGUACUGUCCCAAAGGCAUAAUUCUGCCCCCCCACCCCCCACCGCCACACACAGAAUCUGAUUGGAACCCAGAACUCGGGGCCAGUGCUUCAUUCAAAUAGCAGGAGCUUGCUCACAAGCUUGUAGCCCAAUGAGAAGCAUAGCACUUUGAAGUCAAACAGGCCUUCAGUCGCUUUGUAUAUUUGCAGUUUUAUAUUUGCUAUUAGUUUAUAGCACUAAUAACACUGCGGUCAUGAAUCUAUAGUAUCAAUAUGAUAAAUAUUAGAACAUAUUCUAGACACAGUGGUACCUUGCUGCUAUUAUACUUCCUAAUUUAUGCCCCAGUGUUAAUAAGUAUCACAUACAGAUUGUGUAUGCAUUGUUUGUACUGGAUAUAUGCCAACUAUAAUCAGCACUUAGAAAAUACAGAGAUUAUCAUAGUGAAAAUACGUCUUGGUCAAUUCAGAUGAUAUAUUAAUCUGAUAAAUACUCUAUUAGAUAUUGUUUGUCCUCUAGGCUUGUUUUAUAUUACAAUGCAUGCUGUUUGCUAAGUUAAGUAAAAACAUAAUAAUAAUAAAUUGUACCAAUUUUAAGGUUAGAGUUAAAAUUUUACAUAUAUGCUGCUUGGUACUCUGAAAUGUAUUUUGUGGCUUAAUUAUCUUAUUCACACACAUUUCACUUGGCUUUUCCCCCCUAGGAAAUCAUUAUUCAAAUAUUUCUCUCCUUCUUAUAAACUGGAUCAUACUGCUUAAUUCAGCCUAAAACAUUGUAAAGCCAGAUUACCUCAUUUUAACUGUGAAAAAAAAUUUAAUAGAUAUGACAUGAUGUCUGUUCUUGUAUUUUAUUUGAACUACGUAAAUAGGCCUAAGCCCAAUAAUAAAUAUAAAACUU